GCAGAGAGGAAAAAUGAAGAAUAUAGUUUGUUUUAGGAGCUUUGAUGACAUUAACAGCGAUUAUACAAAAUAAAAUUUGUUAACCCGUUGCUUCUAAUGGGUAGAGCUUGCUUUCAUGUUUUGUCGAGUAAACGGCCAUGGGGAGAAGGGUUGUGAUUCGUUGCGUUACGCUAAGUAAUGAUUCUGGUCCUUACAAUUCAUUAGCUGCAUAAACGGUAAAUGGCGGCGGGAAGUAGUGUGUUUCUGUUUUUUUUUUUUUUUGUUGUUGUUGAUUUGUUUUGUUUAGUGUAUGGACAAAGCGGGGGAUCUUCUAAAGUGGCAGUAUAUUAGCAGUAUAUUUUAUUUAAAACACAUUGUACCCAAAAGUGUUAUUAUAAAGUAUAAAACAAGAGCAUACUUAUAUAGAGAGCUAGUAACUAGCUAAUAGCUAUAUUUUCAAUGCAAACUGUUAAUGCUAGCUAAUCGUUCUUUCUAUGUUUUAACAGCAACGUAUGCAAAUUUACAAUACUUUCUCUUGUCUCUCCAUGUAUUACCCAUCAUCCAGCAAAACAGGAUACUAAUACAAGUAUAUAUUUUGAAAACCCUUUAGAAAAACUUUUCCGAGAAGACUUUUUCAGUGGGACAAAAAGUUCUCUUUUUAACUACUCUUUUAACAUCUCUAUGGCUUCCCAUGUCUUGUGACUUUACUUCCCUGCCUUGUGGCUUCACAUCUUUGUGGCUUUAAGGCUUUGUUUUGUGGCUUUUUUGCACAAGCUUAAACAUUACAGUCUGAUUUUAGACUGUUGUGUGAUGGUUGGUUAAUUUAAAUGGUAAUUUAUGGCACUGUAGCUUAGUGGUUAUAACUCUCAUACUUUGUGCAGGAGAGGGUUUGAUUUCUGUUGGCAGCAAUUCAUUUUUCAAGAGAAUGUAACCCAAGCCAUGUAAGGGAAAUUGGAGAGAUGGUACACUGUUAUGGUGGGCUGUUGGUGAUGGUGGGUUGUUAGACAUUGCAGGGAGUUGUCUGGGAGCGAACACCCUAAUUGGGCCUGUGUAGCUCAAAAUGAGCAUUAAAUACUCUAGUUGUUUACUCUAGAUUUUUUAAUUUGAUGGAUGUGCAUGUUUUAUAUACAUAGUUAGCCUUCACAAAUAUUGAGGGAUAUGUAUAUAUACCCUGUCUUAAAGCCUUUUUACUUUUGCAAAACCCUAUUUUAAUUGAUUUUGUUUUACUUGUGGGUAAUUUACACUAAACAUUAUUUGUUCCACAUGGGUCAUUUUGUUUGUACAUGGGUCUAAAUUCCCAGCCAUGAGCUUUAACAGAACUUGCUAUUUUUCGUUCCCUACGCCAAAAAAUUGCCCUGUGCUGUAUGAAGGAAUUUCAUUCUUACUUUUGCCUAAUUAAAAAGUUAUUGAGGCAUGCAAUUCUUUCCACGUCUACCUUAAAUCUUAAGAAAUGGCCUGCAGAGAUGCAUUUUAAUCUUCACAUAUGUUGUUAUUGUAUGAUUAUUUUGUAUGCAAAUUCGUAUUUUUAACAGAUUACAUAAACAUGUAAUUGUGGCAGUUAAUAUUCAGCAUCGGCAGUAUUAAUUCAUAUUCACUCUAACAAUGUUUAAGAAGAAAGAAACAAAUUUAAAGUCAGCAAAUAGGGAUAUUCAAGCUCGAUUUGUUAAAAAAGAUGGUGUGGCAACAGAUUUCGGUGCACCUAUAUAUGCAUAUCCACAAAGCCAAUCUUAUCAAAGUCGAAAUGCUAGAUACAUAAGUGAUGUAAUUCCUGCGAACGAAAUAUCAGAAUCUUACAUAUCAAGCAAACAGUCUGGAAGGUCAUCAGGUUCUAAUUCAGCUAAAACAAUUCGCAAAAAGUUUCCACCAUCGUUUUUGCUUCUGCGCAGAAAAAAGAAUCAGAGUGGAAAUAAGCAUGAUUAUGAAAAUAUUGACAUUGAUGAAGAAGAUGUAACAGACAUUGCGUACUAUGAAGACUUAGUAGCUGAGCAAGAAAGCAUUAAUCCAGUCAUGCUUGGCCAACUUGAUGACUCACAGUUAAACACAAUGGAGCAGGAACCGUUUGAAGAAUUAUACAAAGGAAGACUUGAUUUUGUGUUAAAUAAUUAUAGAAAACCACCACCCUAUCCAGGAAAGAAGUCAGCAAAUUCCACAGCUAAUCAGUUGCAAAAUAGUGCUGAUACUCCAUUACUUAGACAACUACUCAAAGAUAAAAAUAUCAAUGACAAUGCUAGCAUGAACAAUUUCUGGCAGGCAAGUCCAGGUCAUAAACCACAAAAUGGCUCGUAUUUAGAUAAAAAGAGUAUAUCUAAUGAUAAACUUGUUAGCAGAACGCAUGAUAUUGUUACCAGACCACCUGCUUUAAAUGCUGGAGACUUAUAUAAACAACGUAAACAGUAUUAUUUUGAAAGUAUGAAUAACUUACAAGGCAAUAAAGUACAAAAAGAGUUUAAAAAAGACACAGUAAGUGAAAUUUACCCUGCCAAAGAUUACGAGAUUGAUACCGAAAGGUUACCAACAAGCGCAUCUGUACCAAACCUUUCUGUUCAAGCAGAGUUUCAAGAUAAUAUGUCAGAUUUGUCUCAAAUGCAUCCAAAAGUGUACAUGGAACUAAGUGAAAUGGAAGCAUUGAUUGCUCAUUACAGGAAGACAAGCCUUGACAACCUUGAACCAUAUGAUAUGCACAGCUCAGCAAGUGAGUCGGUAUCUCUCUACACACAAGGAUCACCGUCUUACAUACCACCAAGCCCAUACAUGAAUGCAGAAAUCCCUGAGUGGUUACAAGUGUAUGCAAAAGCAUCUCCUGACCUGGACAAAUUUCUUAAGUGGGGAAUGUUCAGAUACCCGGAGUUGGACUGUUGGCAAACUAUGUUGAAAAGAUUAUACAAGAAAGAGGUGAAACAAGUUGUGCUUUGGUUUGAAGAAUAUCGAUUAGCUCUGCAGAAGGAAUUAGAAAACCGUAAAAUGGUGUUGGGUAUAAAACCAACAGGUGUGCUAAAGAAAACAGAAGUUUAAACAAGAUAUUACGUACCAUAAAUGCUUGACUUAACAAACUACGAAGAAAAUGACAAAGCAAGGUGGCCAAAGUUUCUGGAAUUCUUUUACCUGUUCAGGAUUUUUUUUUUGGAUUGGAAAGGCAAUUUUUAAGGCAAGGUUUUUAAGGUUUUGAAAUGGUGCUUGAAUUCAGAAUUUUUAACAAUCAACUUCUUAGGCUGGCUGAUAAACACCUAAAAAACGAUGUUAAAAAUAAAAUUUGAUAUCGGUCGGUCUUCUUGUUUGAUCCACGUUCUUUGAGAAUGUAAAAAUGUUUUGGAAAUAUUCUUGAAUUGUUCUGAAUUUUUGGAAAAAAAUCAUUCAGCAUGCCUGCAAAAUAAUUUUAUAUAUAAGAUUUCUCAUUGAUUAAGUACUAAAGCAAUGCAAAGUCCUAAAAAUGCAGUAUUUAUGGUACGUACAAUAUCAAAUCAAAUAGAUACUUUUGGUGACAAUUUUUUCCACGCUUUCCUUGGGUAGAGUGUAAAUAGUUUUACAUUAUUUUUGUUUGAUAAUUGUAAUAAAUUGUAUAUUUAAUUAGAAAUAUCUUUAUUUAUUUGUUAAUUCAGAGGAUCAUUUUAUACUAUUUUGUGAUUUAGAAAUAUUUUCUACUUUUAUUUUUUCUUAUUUUUAUGACGUGAGCCUGAUUUGAGGUGGUUUCAACGUAUACCUUAUAUUUUUUAAAACGACAAGUGUAAACCCAAUUUUUUUGGUGUUUGAUCUGCUUUUGUAUUUUUCAAAUAUUUGGUCCAAUUGGCGGGGUUUUGUAUAAUACAUGAAAAGUUAAAUUUGUGAAAUUAAAUUAAGGAAGAAAAGAAAUUAAUUUUGAAUAAAACUUAAUUGGCAGCAGAGGAAGUAAGUACAACUUUAGUGGGAACUUUUUCUCCAAAAUUUCUUUCCUUAAUGUACUUACCAGACGCAUUUAAAAUUUGUUUAAGAAAGAAAAGGUCCAGUAGUGUUGAAUUUCUUCCUGUGUAUCUGUAGUUCUUGGUCAGGCUGUGAUUCUGAAUAUGUGUUAUAUGCAAUCCUUUUUAAAAGCCAAUAGGAUGAACCAAUUAUUUUAAAAAAGGUAUAAGUAUAUAUUUAAGAACAUAUAUUAAAUAUAUUGAAUAUAUUUAUUUUCUACCACGAAAGAAUGUAGUGUUAUCAUAGCUGAACCAAUGGUACAUGUUUAAUGUGACUGAUUUUCUUAUUGAUUACUUUACGUAACAAGUU